AGCGCGAGCUGUGCUGAGAUUGCAGCUUCUCUUUACUGGGGUUUUACUGAAGUCCUGCUCGAAUUAAUGCAGAAAAACGGCUGUUUUUAGGAGUUAAAUUGACAAAAUAUUAGGAGCAGAGAGUGAGCAGCGCUGACUGGACUCCCCUGGACUUCAGGAGGGUCAGCCUGAGCUGUGGCUCUGCAGCUGCAGCUUUGCUGAUUAGCAAGUUAGCAUUUAGCUAGCAUUUUACUAGUAGCAUAAAAACACAGAUAUAAAUCCAACCUAAGAAAAUAAGUUCAGAAAAGUUGUAUUUAGAUUUUUUUAAGUUGCAAAACUAGUUCUGUGCACUGCUCCUGCUGCUGUUUGGACCUGUGUGAAGUUGAGGUGUGCAGAUGAAUUCCCGUGGGGACGCAGGUGAGCACUCACCUGGGCUCGAGGCUGUGAUUCAGAAACUUGAGGAAUCUCUGCUGAGUCCAGACAGUAGUGUUGAUGAGAAGACCCUCACUGUCCUGGGCGAUGAUGUGGACUCCACUGCCACUCUGGUUCCGGCCCGCAUCCGGCAGAUCAUCACCCGAAACCUGGCUGAAGGGCCUGCAGUGUCUGGUGCUGGUGUGCUGGGUGCUGUGGGUUCUGGCGGUGAGCAGAGUGUGCAGGAGGAGAACCGGCGUCUGAAGGAUCUUCUUUCACAGACCCGUCUGGACCGAGACCAGCUGCUCAGCAAGCAGACAGCACUGACCAGCAGGCUAGAGCAGAUGCUGGCUGCGCAGUCUGGAGAUUCGGAUCAGGACAGUGUGUAUGGUGGUGAGCAGCAGCGGCUGCGGGACGAGAGCCGGGCCUACAGACUCAAACUGCAGGCCUACCAGGACAGCCAGCACAGACAGGCCCAGCUGGUGCACAAACUACAGACCAAGGUUCUGCAGUAUAAGAAGAGAUGUGGAGAGAUGGAGCAGCAGGUGCUGGAGAAAACCUCAGAGCUGGAGAAACUGCGGCUUUCGUUGCAGACUCACCUGGACUCAUCUGCUCACCGGUUUCAGCUUUCAGAACAGGAGCACAGCCUGGAUGCCCAGAGCAAACUCGCCCUGCUGGAGGAGGAGCGAAGACGGUGCUCUGGCCUGACCAAGGUCAACGCUCUGCUCCGAGAGCAACUGGAGCAGGCCAACGAAGCCAACCAGGCCCUUACAGAGAGCCUCCACGAGGCCCAGGAGGAGGCAGAGCAGAGGGACAUACGACUGAGAAGGGAACAAGAGAUGAGUGCCUCCAGGCUGGGCCGCGAGCAGGCCCGCGUCAGAGCCCUGUGGCGCCAGGCGGCUUCCCUGCGCAGCACCUUUACCCAGCUCAGGGCUUUCGCUGACAGGAACCUGUCCGAUAUUCGUGGGGAAUUUGCGAAUGCUAACCGGAAGCUGCAUGUAGCCUGCUUGAAUUUGCAGUCUGGAAUAAACGAGCACAGCGCCCCUGCUGGCCUGGAGGUGUCAGCGCUGGAGAAGCAGCUGAAAGACAAGCUGAAGGAAGCCAUGCAGCUGCAGGGUCGCUUUGAUGCUGAGAAAGUGGAGCUCAACUCCAGGAUUGUGGAGCUGGCUGAGAUGGUGAAACAGCUGAGAGCUCAGAACAGUGAGAAAGACAGUUGUCUGGCAGCGCUGCAGAGCAGUCUGGACAGGAUGGAAGUGAGUCAGGCUGAGGAUAAAGCUGAGAAGGAUACAUUACGCAAAGAGAUUAGUGGCCUACAGAUGAUUCUCCACAGCAUCCGCAAGGCUGUCUGUGAUGAUGGGGACAGUAGCAGCUCUGAUAGUCCAGGAGAAGAGCUGCCCUCUCCAGUUCCAAGUGUCUCCUCUCCUCAGUGGGAUAACACUCUGAUAUCUGUACAGAGAGCUCUGUCCCAGCGACAGAAACUAACUCAGGACUUACAAACAUGCCUGGAUGCUGCACUGGAUCAAGCUGCUGUCCUGAGGGAUCGGCUGCAGGACAGUGAGUCCGAGUGCAGGCAGUUAGAGCAGAGAAUACAGCAGCUACAGCAGGAGAACCGUCACGCUGAGAAAGCCGGGGUAGAGAUCAGCAGAGACGCCCAGAGAUACCGCACUUCACUCGGCCUCAUUACCAGUGAGAAGGGUGAGCUGGAGAAGCACCUUUUCGUGGCACAGCACCAGCUGAACCACGAUCAGGCGGAGCUGGAGCGAUUACGCUCCUCCUCUCUGGACGUCCAGAGGCAGCGGGACCUCCUGCGGCAGCAGCGGGAGGACCUGGAGAGGCAGCUGGCCCGGGAGCGCUGCGAGGCCGAGAGGGGACUCAGGACUAUUGAACAACUGGAGGCCAAACACUCAGAUGUGCGUAAGGAGCUGGUUACAGUAAGAGAAGCCCUCAGUCAGAUCACUUUACAGAAAGAGGUUCUGGAGGAUGAAAAGGCCAGCCUUGAAAAGGCACUCUCUAAGGCCGAGGCCCAGAAUGCCGAGCAGGAGCUGGCGCUCACUAAGCUGCAGAGCGAGGAGGCGGGACUCAGGGAUUCUUUUGAAAAAAUGGCCGCCCUCUGUGAAGGACUGGCUAAGGACAAGGUGGAGCUGAAUCGUGUGCUGCUACAGGUGGAGGCCGAGAAGGCGGAGCUUAGCGAGCGUAAACGUGAAGCCGAGCUUGAACGAGCAGCAGCCCGAGAGGAGCUCGCCCUCAUACAGCAGGAGCUGAUGGACGUUGUUGCUGAAAAGCGAGCCCUGGAGGCCUCCCACGUCCUCCUGCAGGAGAGCCGAGCGGGCCUGGACACCGAGCUGACCCUGCUGCAGCGGGAGAAGAGCUCGGUUCUGGAGCAGCUGGCCCAGGUAAGUGAGCAAAAGCAGGCACUGAUGGAGCAGCUGAGCGUCUGUCAGAGGGAAUCCGAGCUCCAGACCUCCUCUCUGCAGCGGACCGGCCGAGAGCGGGAGGAGCUGGCCAGGGAUAAGGCCGGCCUGAGCGUCCAGCUGACCGCAGAACAGCGCCGGGCCAAGACCCUGGCACAGGAGCUGGCAGCCGCUCGGGUGGAGUGGGAGUCUCUGGAGUCGGCUGUGUUUGAUGGGCAGGAGCAGAUCUCAGCGCUGGAGGCCGACCUCUCUCGGCUGGAGGGAGAGCGAGGCAGUCUUCAGCAGGCUAAUGAGGCUCUGACACGUGAGGUGUCCCGUAUCCAGAGUGAACUCGAGCAGCAGGUGACCCAGGCCCUGCUGGAGAGACAGGCUCUGGAGCUGAAGCUAACCCAGGCUGAGAGGAAUGCCCAGCGAUCGCUGGCCAGCACCCAACAGAGCCACCAGGAACAGCUAGAAGCUGAACGCAAGGACAAGGAGAGUGUGCGGCUGGCGCUGACUGCGCAGAGGGAGCAGGUUGAGGAGCAGCUGCGUGUGGAGUAUGAGGAGCUGCGUCUGCGCAGUCGCACUGAUCUUCAGCAGCUGCAGGAGGAGCUGGCCAGAGCGCAGCAGCACUGCACAGACAGCCUGCUGCAGGCCGAGAGCCACAAACAGCAGGCUCUUUCUAAGAAGGAGGCGGAGAAGACGGUCCUGACCGAACGGAUUCUCUCACUGCAGCGGGACAUCGAGACGACUGCCCUGGAGACAGAGCGCAUGCGCAGAGACUUUCUGAACAAACAGGAACAGGACAAGGACACAGCGGCCAGCCUGCAGUCAGAGCUGCAGCAGCUGCGUCUGCACUUCGAGGAGUCUCUGAGCUCGCGGGAGAUCUCAGAGAAGAGGCUGAGCGAUCAGAUCAGAGAGCUGUCUCUGCAGCGGCACGAAGCUCAGCAGGAGGUGGAGCGAUUGCGGAGGUCUGUGUUGGAGGUGGAGGAGAGUAGGGAUGGUGUGAGGAAGGAGCUGGUGGAGGCUCGGGCUGAGCUGCGGGAGUGUGUUCAGGAGCGGGAGGCGGGGAGGAGGGAGAGCCUGGAGCUGAGGAGAGCGCUGGGGAACGAGAGCCGGGAGAAGGAGGCCAUCCACACCUCCAACCAGGAGCUCCGCACCUCCGUCAAGAGAGCAGAGAGUGAAAAUAACGGUCUGAAGCGAACGCUGGAAGAGAGGGAGCAGAGGCUGACAGUGUUGGAGGAGUGUAAGUCCUCCCUCCAGCAGGAGGCGCUGAAAGUGAGAAACAGCAUGCGUGAGCUGGAGAAAUCUCACCUGCAGGCUCGCAGGGAACUGCAGGAACUCCGCAGAAAGGUGAAGACUCUGGAAGGUCAGUGUGGUCAGCAGGAGCAGGAGGUGGGGGAGCUCCAGGCUCGUCUGGUUCAGGAGGAGCAGAGGGAGGAGGAGGCCAGGAAAGAAUCCUUCAGCCUGAAACAGAGAGUACUGGAGAGUGAUGCCGGCAGAGAGGCAGCACUGAAGGAGGUUGCAGGUCUGCAGCGACGGGUGGCUGAGCUGGAGGAGGUGCAGCGUGUGGAGAAGGAGUGCCAGCGGCAGCGGGAUGCCAGCUUGCAAGACAGCCAGCGGCGGCAGCGUGAGGAGACAGCCCGGCUGGAGGGGGCGCUGCAGGAGGUGCAGGCUGAGCUGAGGGAGCAGAACGUGGAGCUGAAGCUGGCAGAGGGCAGGGGGCGGAGCCUGGAGGAGCAGCUGGCAUUGGCCGACGCCUCACGCUCUGACCUGGAGCAGAGGUUGAGCGGCCUGAGCUCCGCCCUCAGGCGCACACUGGGUAUCGGGUGCAGGGCGAGGUCACCCACCCCUCGACCCAGAGGGAGGAGGCCUUCACCCUGGAGGAACCGCUCACCUGAGAAAGGAAGUGAAAGUGUGUCUGGUGGACCAAUGGGAUCAGUGCAGGAUCCCUCUGCGUCCCCUGUCCACGGAGAAGACGGAAAGUUGGACGUGGAAUCGGUGCAGGCAGCACUUCGCAACUUCCAGCAGGAGCUGAGAGACGCUCAGAGAGAACGAGAUGAUGCUCAGGCGCAGGUGAUGAGUCUGAAACGGCAGCUCUCAGAGCUCCAGGCUGGACAGGAGAAGAGCAGUGCCCGGGCACAGCAGCUCAAACACUCCAUCAAAGAUCUGGAGCAGGGGAAGCGUGAUUUGGCAGAGAGGUUGGAGGCAGUGCAGGCUUCGCUGGAACUAAGCCACCGGACUCUGGAGGGGGAGCUGCAGCGCUCCCAGAUCAGAAGUGCUGAACUGGAGGCGGAGCUUUCGUCCUUGCAGGAGCGAAUGAGCAGCCUUCGGAGAGAGCUCGGGGAGAGUGAGGAGUGCACUGCACUGCUCAAGGUGGAGGGGGAACGGGCGGCGACAGCUCUGGCACGGGCGGAGCUGCAGGAGGCGCAGCUGCGUGAGAAACUGCAGAGCACAGCUGCAGCACUAAAGGAGAGCUGCAGCAGCGCAGGAGCUGCAAAGGAGCAGACAGCCCAGCUUCAGAGUACCCUUACUGCCAGCGAGCUGGAGCGCCGCACACUACAGGAGCGUCUGGAGAAGAUGCGAGAGGCUCUGUCAGACAGUAAGAAGCAGAACUACGCUCUGAGCGAACGGCUCCAGAACCUGCAGAGAACCCAGGAGGAGUAUGAGCUCAGAGUGUCUGAGCUGGACAAACACACACACAGCUUGCAGGAGGCUCUGCGGCAGAGGGAGCAGGUGGUGGAGGAAGCCCGGGCUGACUGCACAGUGCUGCAGAAGGACAGGGUGGAGCUGCAGGAGCGGGUGACCAACCUGCAGACCUCCCUCCACAGCCUGCAGGACGACCGAACCCAGCUGGACAAGAUACUGACCCGCCUCGGGAAGGACAAGGCCGCACUCAAACGCACACUGCAGAAGGUAGAGCAGGAGCGUCGGAGGCAGGAGGAGGAGGUGUUGUGUGUUGGGCGUCAGAAGGAGGAGCUAGAGCAGUCGUUGAGCAGUCUGGAGCAGCAGCUGAGCGACACGCAUGCAGAGAGUCACACUCUGAAGUCCCAGCUCUCCCACCUGGAGCAGGCCCACUCCCAGCGGCUCCUCGAGGUGACAGCCCGCCACAGGCAGGAGCUGGAGCUGGAGACGGAGCGUCUGCGGGGGUCUCAGCAGCAGGCAGAGAGGGCGCUGGAGGCCCGAGAGAAGGCCCACCGACAGAGGGUCCGCUGUUUGGAGGAACAGGUGUGUACGCUGAAGGAACAGCUGGAGCAGGAGAUGCGGCGCAGGCAGACGUACAUGAGCCAGAUGCUGAAGCCCUAAGCCCCACCCCUCCCUCAGCCUGCGAUCUGGCCCGCUGCGGCUGACCCCCACAACCCGGGACGGGUGGACGGGUCAAAGCCCCAGAGUGUGAACACACUCCCACGGCUGUCCAACACUCUGCACACUCCUGGACCCGAGCCAGCACAGCUCUCACAGCGGCUACUCGCAUGGACUUCCGCACAAUAAGCAGUUUUACACACACACACACAGAUACUCUCUCACACACACGUACACUUCCACACACUCUCACACACACAGCCUUGUUUUUAUAGGACAUGGAGCCAUUCACGUGUUUCCCCAUAUGUAUAACAUUCACUGUAUGUCCAAAAGUUUGUAGACAGACACCCCUUCUAAUUAAAUCAUCAUUCAGCUACCCUAAUUAACGUGUCUAGACCCUGUAGAGAAGUAUUGCCAAAAGAAUAGGACUCAGAUAAACAUAUAAAGAUAAACAGAUAAACAUAUAAAUACAUAAAAAGGCCCACAAUAUUGAGCUGUAGAGCAGUGGAACUGUGUUCUCCUGAAUGAUGAAGCUUUGUGUAUUCCUUUAGAAUGAGUUGGGGAUGAGGGUGGUAAUCAUCCAACAUCCUGACCUCAAAAAUUAUGUUGCUUGGUGCUGAAUGCAAUCUGAUCCUCACAGCAAUGUUCCAACAUCUAGUUUAAAGGUUUUUUCCCUUUUUCCAGUAGAGAUAACAAAAAGCAGGAUAAACUCUUUUUUUAUUGUUAUUUAUUUGAAAAGUUGACAUCCUUUUCCCAGAUUCUACCUAGCCAAUAAUAAACAGAUUUUUAGUCAUACUACAUUUAAUUAAAAUUUGUAUCACUUAACUUCAAGCUAAUAACAUUGUUUAAUAUAUUUUUAUUCUUUAACAAAAUAUGUAUUAUUAAGCUAACAUGUCUGCUAAAAUAGACUGUUAAAUAUUUAUAUGACAAUUAAUCUUCUUACUAAAUGUAAUUGAACGUGACAGUCCUAGGGCCGAAUCAUACAUCCUGCACAAGGCACGUUGCGAUGCUUGUUGCUAUCUUACACCCUGUCCACAGUCUGUUUUCACGCUGUGCGCCCACACCAUUAAAAUAGCAUCGGAGUGUAGGAAUAAAUCUACACUGAUGGGUGUGGUGGUCUGAAAGUGAGGUGUGUUCAGCUCAAUUUCACGUGUGUCUCUAUCUUGGCGGCACAAAAUACAGAUGCGCCACUGACUGAUUAAAACCCUGACAACAGUCAACCGCCCAAUCCUAUCUCAGCCAUGCAGGAGUGCUGUGCAUAUUGUGGACACUCAGCACGCAUAAACCCCUGCUCCGUACACACACAAAUAAAUUCGCUGCAGAGCACAAAUCCAGCUUUUACAUCAACAAUAAACAUGAAGAAUAAAGAAUUAAAUAACAUUGCUGUUCCCUUAAAUGAGCUGCUGGUGUAUCUUCACAGUGUGAACGUGCAGGUCAGUAUCCUCUGCUGAGACGCACAAAAGCACUGCACUGUUAAGAUGCGAACGAGCCAAAGUCAGCGCUAACUUGCCUCUUAAAGGGAAUGACAACUGGCACUCUGAUUGGUCUAUUUCACGUUACACCCAAAACACAACCAUAAUUGCAUGUUUGGAGAUGCGCAAGGCGUAUUUUUUGCACCCUCACGAUACCGUAGAUACACCAAUACGCCCCUAAAUCCAGUUGUGCGAUGUGUAAUUGACCGCUAAAAUAGGGCACCUAGUUUCAAAACUUUUGAGAUUACACAUAUAGUGUAGUUUCAACAAGACACUUGAAACUCAAUCUCUGGUUCUCCUGCAAAACAUGUGUCCUGAAAUGUCCAAAAAACAAACCUACACACACACAUAUAUAAACACACACAUACACACACACACUGCUGCACCUUGACGCAGGGAACAUGUAAUCACUCGCAGAACUGUUGCAUUACACGAGCACAAAUCCCCCCAGUAAUCCUGAUCCACACCAUAAAAAACCCAACAACAACAAACAAAGAGAUCACUGUUCCCCGGAACGCUCAGCCAGAGCCAAAUUGUUUUAAGGAUUUGCUCAGCGGGCCGCUGAAGCGUGCGUUAGUCCGCUCGGCCCGGCCCUGCUGGCCCGACCGUAAUCAGCACAAUGUGAGGAUGACAGCCCCAGUUUACCUCUCCCUCUCACAUCCUCCCUUACUUACUCCCUCACACAUCUAAACACUCACAUACACACACACACACACACAUUCCACACCUUUAUAGAUCCUGUCGUGCGUCACUUAUUUAAACACUUUAUUGCGUGUAACUGCAUCAAGCCUAAUGAUAAUGAGAUUCAAUUGUUUUCAUAUGGUAAAGUUGUCAUCGCUCCUAGUAGUGUCCGGAAUAAACGAACAGGAACAGCACUCACACGGAGCCUCUCAAACGGAAACAGAUUUACUGCUAAAGACACAUGCUGGGAGCUUUAUUAUUAUAUAACAAUAUUAUAUUGUAAUGCUGCAUUCCAUUUGAACUCAGAUGUUGUCAUUUCUAGUAGAAAAUGUACUGCUUCUGGGUAGGUUGUGGGUAGCGGAUAAUAGAAUUAAUAAAUUUUAAAAAAGUAUAUCAGGGGUCGGCAAUUAAGUUUGGCUGCGGGCCAGUUAUUUUCCAAGCCAUAAUGUGGUGGGCCACAAAAAAAAAAAUCUGUUUUGGAAAAUGAAGUGCAAUUGGAUGGAGUGGUACAGACUAGUAGCUCUCCAGCCCAGAAGGUUGUUGAACCCAGUUGCAAAACAGUUGAUCUCAAAGCAGGUUAACCCACGAAGAAAGUAAAAAAAAAGUAAAUAAAUAAACACACCGCUCCUAAUGCUGGAUCCUAAUCCGUGUCGUCAGGGUCGCAGUCCAAUACACUAUCGCUGCCCCGGCUAUUGAAUUGGGACACAGCCGGGAAAAAGCAGAACUGGUGGAUACUAAAGUCAUGACAAGCCCGACAGAGAGACGGUAGGACUGUAAACAUAAGCUCACCAGAGAAGCAUUUUAUUUAUUUAUUUUUUUUCAUUAUUGUUCAUUAUAGUUCAGACAACCUCACAAGCCAGAUGUUUCAUGCUUACGGGCCACAUCUGGCCCAAGGGCCUCCUAUUGCCGACCCAUGAAGUAUAGUAUGGAUAUACGUUUCAAGUAGGAAUAAAUAAAUGAUAAAACAAGUAAAUCAUGGAUAUCAGUUUCAGGAAACUAAUUGAAAAAGUUGGAUUUCCUAUUGGAAAAGAUGAGAGAACCUCAAGAACCCUGGUAAUGCUAACAAUGAUAACCUGAGACGAUGCUAACAAUGAAAAAUUGGGACAUAUUUUGAAUGGAAUACAUGCAAACAUUACACACACACACAUAGCACACACACACACACACACACACAUGGCCCCUCUUAUCUUUCUCUCUUACUCCUCACACUUUUACCAUACACACACAGACACACUGGCAUUCACACAGACACACACAUACACACACACACACACACAGCAUACACACACGGCCCCUCUUCUCCCUCUCUUCCAAAUACCUGUGAUUAUACACAUACUCUCAAAAAUACACUCACUAACACAUGCUAGUGCAUACACACACUCAAACCCACAUGCACACGCACACACAUGCCCAUGCAAACAUACUGUACACCCUUCUAUGAGCACACACACAUAAACACACAAGCCCAUGUGUACACACUCUUACCCACGUGUGUGAGAAAACAGCUCCCUCUUCUCUCACUCUCAAAAGAGCCUCCUCUUACUCUCACUCGUACAGUUUUCAGAUAAAGCUUCCGUACAUAUUUGCAUUUUUAAACACAUACACACACUUACAACUCCUUUGAAACACUAUGUAUUUCCUUCAUGAAGUGCUGAUCUAAUGAUCAAUUAUGUUAUUGAUUUAAUGUGUUGAUUUAAUGCCACUAAUAAUGAUUUUGAUAUGACUUUGAUAAUGAUUAUUCUCACUCAUAUAUAUCCUAAUCAAUUAUGAAAUGAUUAAAAUUAAGUAGGAAUGAUAUGUUCUUUGUUGGAGGGCUUUUUUUUCUCUUGUGGAGGAGGGGGGAUCUUU